ACAGGCAACUCUUCUCAGCAUAGUCUCUCCAUAGAGACGCAGGACGCCAUCUUGAGCUGAGCAGUCUCUUCCACGCAUUCGAAUACGUUAGCCAAUUAGCUGUAUAGUGAAAACAGACUACGAAGAAAUGAGCGGUCCUAAGCCUCGAGCCGAAAUGCCAACGAAUGUAAAUGGCCCAGAUACCGAUGCAGGAUCCACAGGUCCUACCAGAGACCGCAAGCCUGCUGGAGGUGUCCUGAAGAGACUAAAGUCCCGGCGAAACCAACCGGAUAGGCGGCCUGUUACGGAAGAGGAGCUCCGGGCGCUGGGCAGAGACAUCACUCCAGAUGAAGUCCUUGGGCUACGGGUUGUCACUCGAGAUUACCUGUGUAAACCAGAGGACAACGUGUACAACAUCGAUUUCACGCGCUUCAAGAUCAGGGACCUGGAGACGGGCACGGUGCUGUUUGAGAUUGCCAAACCCCCAAACUGCGACGCUGAAGAGGAUGAUGAGGAGAAUGUAGAUGGAGACUCCAGUGCCGGGCGUUUUGUUCGCUAUCAGUUCACACCUGCCUUCCUGAGACUGCGCACCAUAGGUGCUACUGUGGAGUUCACUGUGGGCGACCGGCCGGUGAACAGCUUCCGAAUGAUAGAGCGGCACUACUUCAGGGAACGCCUCCUGAAGAACUUUGACUUCGACUUUGGCUUCUGCAUCCCCAACAGUCGCAACACCUGCGAACACAUAUACGAGUUUCCCCAGUUGCCUGAGGAUCUCAUUCGUCAGAUGGUGGAGCAUCCUUAUGAGACCAGAUCAGACAGCUUCUAUUUUGUGGAUAACAAACUCAUCAUGCACAACAAAGCAGACUAUGCCUACAACGGGGGUCAGUAGUGCAGAGGGGGAGAUGAAUGUAUGUAUGUAUGUAUGUAUGAAUGUGCAGUAGAGCGCACCACAAGGUCACACCUGACAAUACACAUCAUGCGGACCCAGGACUCUCACUUAUGACUUCAAACAUUCCAGUAGGCCUUCCCACUCCAAACAAAAAACAAAGGGAGGGAGAGAGAGAGGAGAGAGAGAGUGAGAGAGGGAAGAGACAGAACCAGCACGCUUUGCAAGUGAUACGUACCUCUUUUAUUCCCUCAUUUUCAUACUACACGAGCCUCCUCCCUUCCUUUUUGUUUUAUCAAGCACAGUCCAUCUCAUAAUUGAUGAAGUGGUGUAUUGUUAUGUAUCACGUGACUGACGCCAUGGCCCUGGCUGCUCUGCCACGCCUCCCAGUGUUCUAGCGGUAGCAUUUGUAACGAUGAAGACCAGAAUACUGCUGAUUAUUCAUUGAGUCGAUGGAGCGCUUUUUCACAGGAUGCUUUACAAAGCGGGAGCGGGAACCGCACAUGUAGCACACGCCUGGGUGAUGCACUGCAGCCACCAUGCUACACAUCAGCAAGGAUUAAUUAAGCCAAUUAAACCUGGGGGAUAAUCACGUAGCCAGACCUGGGAACGACAGGCACGACACUUUGCAUCGCACCCGCUCCAUUUGUGCUGUGGGAUGCUUAAUGAGCGCAGAGAGUUGGAAGCCUGCCUUUAAUGUUGUCCUGAACAAGACCGGGCAGAUUUACCUUCUCCUGCUCAGCAUAAUGAUCUUCAUGGCUUCAGACAACGCUGUCGUGGAGCUGGAGUGGAACUGCUCAUUCGUUUAUUCAGUCCAUGAAGACGUUCCACUUGCAUGUAAAGUAGCGCCCGGUCCUUAACGCUUCCUUGGGCCUUUAUCAGUUUCAAAUGCUUCAGUCCCUCCAUAUCUCCCACUGUUAAAGAGUGGAUGGCCUUGCACCCCCUCAUUGUCCUAGCUUAUGCAUAUUGACAUAGGCCUAUGGCUGUAACCUUGCUAGAAACCCAAUGAGAAUGUGAUGUUUUAAUUGGACUAUCUAUACUAUACACCUUAUCAAGUCUGACCUAGCAUUAUGUUUUUUUUCUCCUCUUUCUCUAUUUCCACAACAGAUCUGCAAGUCACAGAUAAUUUUAGUCUGACAGCUUUCGGUGAAAUUAUGUCUCAGAAAGUGCGCAAGCACUGCCAAUGAUAAUUUGUCUGCCUGCUUGUUGUUACAGAGGUUUUGUGGGGGAAAUGUUACAUGAUUUUAAAGGGCCUGCUAACAAAUUCUGGGUGGUUUAAAUCAAGUACUAUGAGUGGGGGAAUUCUUUCAGUCCUCUAAUGAAACAGUUCUGAUUUUAAGGGAGCAGAAGAGACUUACAUUUUCAGUUAAUGGGAGCAGAAAGAAUGUAUGAGGGAAAACAAAUGGGAGAAAUUGCACAAUUUGGAUCCCCCCCGCCACCCUUUACAAAAUUUCCUUUUGAGACAUUUGUUUUUGUAUGAUCUUCAUAUUGGUUUGCUUGGAGUAUUCACAAAACAUUGCUCGAAGCCAGCAAAGCCUUUGCUUGCAUUUCUCAAGAACAGAGCAGUGCCUGGAUGAACUGAUGUAGUUGUUACUUUGCAAUUGAGAGGCAGUGAGAAAUCAAGCCUGUAUAAAGUUAAAUUACUUCUGCUGAGGAAGGGAAUGCAUUGCAUGUGCUGGCAUCUUGGCAUUCAACACCUCAACCAGUCACAGAUCAGCCAUUGUCUGUACAGACUAAGUCACACCACAUCCGCCUUAUUUUUUAAUAGUUUUUAUUGAAUUUCUUAAUCAUGGUGCCUGAAAGAUAACGCGAUGGUGCAGUGAGUGGAGUCAAAGCCUAAAACAGAAAAGAAAGCCAAGACUCCCAGCCAAAAAGCUGAAUCAUUUAGACAAACUUGCAAGUGACCUUAACACAUCUUUAAUGAGUUGAAUGCACAGUGCACAAAGAUCAAAGGAAUGGUGUUUGUGGUUUUCACACAUUUUUUUUUAGAAUGUACACGCCUCCCAUGAAUGCUGUGUGAUUCCUGAAUAGCUAGUUCACAUUCUGUAAAAUUAAGAAAAGUGAAACCUGCUUCUGCCGCUACCAUUUAUAGACGUACAUAUUUAUAAAAACACAAGUGUGUACUUCAUUUCCAACGGACACAAGCACUCAUAAUUAUAGCACGUAUUGUCCAUGUCCAGAAGGCCUCAGUGCAUCUGUAGUUGUUGCGCAAGUGUCCUUCUUGUCAUGGACAGCCGUCUGUUGCUGUUUCUCAGGGUUUGCAGUCUCCAUCUAUUGCUCGGCCCCUCCUGUGCUCACACUUGAUGUCAAAUGCAUAUGUGCGCUUUGAAACGCGCAGACGCAUUCUUAAUUAGCGAAAUUGGGAUUCCGGAACGAUUUUUAAAUGCACAAACUGGACCGGUUCAGUCACAGGGUACUGCUCACAUUUCCCCUGAUCUUAUAAAAAGGCUAAAUCGUACACUUAGGCAUACUGCUAGAUGUGUGAUAUUAGUUGUAGAGCAAGGACAAUGGGGAUGAAAAAUAUCCUGUAAAUUAUGUAGUUGAUCACGAGCUCAGGAAUAAGUAUCCAAAGGCUUCACUCCACAACCAGGUUUGAGGGUAAAUCUAGAUGCAUCUCCUGUUAACCCUUUCCUCAGUUCCUUGAAUUACUAUACUACAGCAAAUAUGUAUUUUCUCCCAAUCUUUUCAACUUGAAUUUUGAUAAGCCAGAGUAACUAAGGGUUACAGCGCUACCGUCAGUGCAAGAAUGUAUGAUAUAGAAACUGUAAAUGAAGUGCCCUUUUUUGUGCAUCCUAGUGAGAUACAGGGUGUGUAUGUAUGUAUGUAGGCCAGUGGUGGGAAAGCUUGGUCCUUAAAUACAGCUGACUUUCAGUUUUCAUGAUUUUCUCUCCAGCGACUAGCUUCACGAUCAUGUGUGUACUGUCUGGGACCGUGCGAUGGCAUGGUGUCAAGGGAACAUUUAUAAAAAAAUUAAAAAAAAGGAAAAGAUUGUUUGCAAAAUAUCUGGAUAAUGUCUGACUCUGUGGGCUCAGACAAUGUAUCUCUUCAAUUUGCAGCAUAAUUGUUGUUAUUUUUUAACUUCAGUUAACAUAUGGGAGAAAUUCCUUGUUUCAAAAAAAAUAAGCAAUUGAAACCUUAAGUGGCUUGACAAUGAGAAACAACUGUGGCACUCAAGGACCAUGCUUGCCCACCAUUACUGUAGAGUAUAUUAAAGUUAUAUACUAGAAUUCGAUUGUUAAAUCAGCUGACCAGUGUUAGUGGUUCAUAUUCUUAGUCCUUUUCUGCAUUCUCAGCACUGCAAGUUUUUGCAAAUGGUGACUUGGUCAAGGAAGGAAAUUGUCCUUAAUGGUUGAAAUUAUAACUCGUAUGUAUAACUGGUUAGUCUAGUCUCCAGUAAAUUUGUAUUCUGAAAAAUGCAUACUGGUCAACCACAAAUCUAUAUCAAACUAUUAUGGUGAUGAAAACACAGCAGGAAAUUACUCUCAGAUCCUGACCAAUGAGCUCAAUGGAAGUGCUUUGUAGGUGUGUUAAGUCCGUUUUCAGACUGAAUCUUGUUAUGAACACUAAUGACGGCAUUGCAAUUUACAUUAACUAGUGUUUAACAGCUGCUGAUGUUUUUUUGUGUCAUUUUUAAAUAUUAUUUGCUUGUUUGCUUGUUACUGAUCAUGUUUAAACUGGAACCCCUUUUGGUUUAUACAGUUUUGCUUUUUUUUUCAUUUGUACAUUUAUCAUGUGUUCUUUGUUUGAAAUAACAUUUUAUAUGUUUUUAAAUUCUUUAAAAACCCAAGUUAGGACCCAGUUUUAGCAACUAAAGAAAAUCAUACUCAUGAAGGAAUUGUCCAAAUUUGAUUAAAAGAGUUGCUAGACUUUUUGUUUUUUUGCUUUUUUGUUUUUUACUCAAUUUUCAGGGAUGUUAGACUAUAUCAUUUACAAUGAUAAUAUCUGCCCUUGUCUUUUGUAGAAUUGUAGGAUUACUCUAUGAAAAUGAGGUAAGAAUAAUGCCUCUGUAUUUUUAACAUCUUGCCUUUUUAUGUUCGGAGUGAUUUUCAGGUGUUUGUACAAAAUGUUAUUUUGUCAAAAUAAGAAUAAUAAAUAACUUUUGAUUUUCACAA